AUAGAAGCCGCCUUCUGAGAGCCAUGAGUGACUGGGAGGAGACGGACUUCUGCGAGGCUUGGAACUGGACACCUGGAAUAGGAAAAAGAAAAAAGCACCCUAAAAAGGAAAAGAAAUGUCCAAAACGUCAAAACGACCUUACAAUAAAAAGUGAUGAGAAUAUCCCAAAAAAAAGAAAAGAAACAUUCAAAAUAUAAAGAAGCAAUGGACGUGAGGAAAGAGAAGAAAAAAGAUAAAAAUAAAGUAGCCUUGGUACUUGGGGACCGUUUUAUACUUCCACAGGGCAGCAGUGCAACAUUUGAACGCACUGAAAUAUCAAAUCCACCCGGUGGUGAGAAGCUAAAAUCUGACUGCAAUAAGAAAACCAAAAGAAAAAAGAAUGUGGCAUUUGACUUAUCACCUGGCAACAUCCCAGUCAAACGUCCUAAAUGUUUCUCUUCAUCUGAGCAGAGGCCCAUAAAGAGCAUCCUCACAGAGCCUGAAGCUGUGAGAGACAGUGGGAGCUGUGCUCAGGUCACAGUGACACAGGCUUAUGAGUCCCAAUGCACCAGUGAGGAUAUGAACAGCCAGGACCUGUUUAUCACCCAGAAGACUUUCAGAACAUUGCCGUCUGAAUCUUCCAGUGGCGAAACCAGUGACAAAGCUCCUAUGACUAGUCCUCUUAGGUUGACACCUCGAAACAAGCUGUACACAUAUAUGCCCUGGGUAGAACAGUAUUGUGGAGGAUCAUACAACAAAUUACAUGUCCAGCAACAGCCCAGAAAGACCAACACGCAUGUGCAGAAGACAAACACAGUACAGGUGUGUUUCAAACAAGAAGAGGAGGAAGACGGGUUGAAGAAAGCAGAUCAGAACCCCAAAAAGGGAAAUUCAUCUAUUCAAACACAGGUGAAUUUAAAUGCAAACCUUACUGAUGAGAAAAAAGUGUCACACCCUUCACAUGUAAAGCCUGCUGUGGUGAAGAAACACCUGGAGGAGCCAACUGAUUUAAAGCCCUUACCCGUUGCAAAGUCAAAGAAAAAUUUGAAAUGUGCCACCCAGCAGUCUGCAUCAUGUUCAUCAGAACUAUCGGUGCCUCGCCAUAGGUUCAUGGAAACCACUUCAACACAGACAGAAAACUUCUUCACAUUUGAACUAUGCUCUUACCUCAACUUCUAUGAAAACAGUAGAGUGGCUGCUCAUCAUGACGAAUUGAAACCGUUGGACCUGAGCCUGCCGCAGAGGGCCAGGAAAGAUCUUGGGAUGUGUCUGUCACCACUCGGAGAGAUCAGAGGCGACAACCACAAAGAGCCCAACUUACAUGAAUCUGGUUGUUCAGACAGGAAAGAUGGAGAGGUAGAGAAAGAGCCUUCUGGACAGCAUUGGUCUGCAGACAUGACCACCUCCAGCGAGGAUGAGCCCCCCGGUCGCUCCGGCAAGCAGGACCUGACCCAGGUGAGGGCAGUCCAGAUGAGACUCAAUGAGUCUUUCUUCUUCAAGACCAAAGGAGAGGGACGAUACCCCCGCCCAGAGUCUCCACUGAUGAAGCUGGCUCAGGGCAGAGAGCUGAAAGGCAGGAAGAGACACUGA